AUGGAUUCACAGUGUACAUCUGGACAGAUAAGUAUUCCUAAAGGGACAAUCCUUUCAGCAACAAAUAGUGUUGAUAAAAGAGAUUAUCCACACUACUGUGAUCUCUUAAGGAAAAUGAACAUCCCUUUUGUGACAGGAAUUGAGGACAGACAUAACUAUGGCAGAUUUGAAAAGAAAUGCAGUCCUAUUUUUCUUAAGUUUCAUCCUUAUCCCCCUUCAGUCCUGCCAGACUAUCAUCUACAUUAUCCUUAUCCCCCACCUUAUGGUCCAGAUUAUCCAUUGUUUCCACUUAGGGAUGACGUCCCCUUAGGUGAUCCCUGUUCACAGUUUUUAAGUCCAGGUGGUGAUGCUGAUUUAAAGCCUGACGUUGGCAGAACAAUACCAAACCUGGUGGAUUUUAGUGAUGUGAAACCUCAACAUCGAGUUCCCAGACCAGACACAAGAUUUAAUACAACAAUAAAGAGAAAAAAAAUUCUAUUAGAAGAACUACAGCAGAAUAAGACAUGGAAUUCCAGGGCAGUGCCAGACGUUUCCAUCAGGGCAAGACUUGGAGGUUGGACAAGUCCACUGAAAGUUACUCCUCUAGAACCCCUUCAUGAAGGAUGCUCAGUAAAUCAUACUUAUGAAUUUGAUGAAGAGGCAACAUGUACAGAUGAUGGUGAACCACUUAUUCAACCACACGAGAAAUAUAAUGCAAAGGAUUCAUUUUAUAAAUCUUCUACGCAAAAAGCUUAUGAAGAUGUUCCUUGGGACAAGAUGCUACCACCAAAACUUGAUCCAAAAGAAACAACAGUGGAAAAAGGUAGUGAUCUCAUCUCACAAUAUUCUACACUGAAGCGAUAUGAAAGAUUGCCAGCGAUAACGCAGAUGGUUGGUGGACUCUGGGACAGAUUUCAAGCAAGAUCGUUCUUGGCACCAGUCAAACCAAUUACCUUUGUGAGUCCAAGUUCUAGAAGUAAAUAUAUUCCUCUCUAUACUGGUUAUGUGGAGUCCACAAAUGCUGAUGAUAUUGACAAUCCCUUCGGAGACCUGACAUCUUUAACCAAGCCUCGGACCUCUAAACUCCUGUACACAGACGCAAGAUGCUCUGCCAACAUCCCAGGAUACACUGGCAAGGUUCAUUUCACAGUCACCCACCCAGCAAAUUCUAAUAUUCCACCAACAACCCCAUCAACAGACUCAGAAGUGCAUUGCAUCUUAAAGAAAGAUAUGGAAGGGGAUUUCUUCCGCCACCAGGCACCUCUGUCUCAAAUGGUCACAACCGUGAAACCCUACAAUCCCUUCAAUAGGAAGGACAAAACAACUGUAGACUAUUAA